ACUCUUCGUGUAGUCGGCUCGGGCUGUGGCUGGACACGCUGUCUCCGCUGUGUUUCCCAUCCUCAUCGCGUCGCAUCGGCAUUGCGAGGCGGCAUGACUCAUGCGGCACCCAAACCGCUGCUGGGCUCGGCGCGAUCGUGAUCUCGAUUCUCGAAACUUGGUGCCGUUUUGGCAACGACCCGGCCAGAAUAAAUACAGUAGAGUUAACGAACGCGGGGGGGAUAAAUGAGGAAUUGCAGCGAGAGGUGGUGGAGUGGAGAAAUUGGUGUCUGAUUUUCUUUUUCUUCUCAUCCGUCGCCGCCUCUAUCCUCCAUCUCUCUCUUUUUUUGAAGAGAAUCCUCUAUCGGUCUAUCCUCUCUCCCUAUUGUUUGAACAGAAUCGAUCCUGUUUUAUCUCUCUCGCGUCCACCAACCGCUGGAGGACUCUCUCUCUCUCUCGGUCCCCUGUAAAUACCGAUCCAUAAACCGCGCGGCAGUUGUGGAUUCUUCAUUCUUCCUCCCCCCCAGGAAUAUCCGAGGAUUGGGCUCGUGCGUGAGGGAGCAGCGGCGGCGGCGUAUGCGCGAGGGCGGCGGCGGCCGAGACGAGCAGGCGGCGGCGCCGGAGCAGGAGCAUGAGCCCCAGCCGGGGUGCGGGGGCGAGGCGGCGGGGCAGGCGGCCGCCAACUGCGCCGCCGUGUGCUGCUGCUGCCCCAUGGCGCUGCUGGAGGUCGUGCUGCUCGUCGCCGUCCGGCUGCCCGCGGACGUCGUGCGCCGGCUCAAGAGGCGGCGCCGGCGGCGCCGGCAGCUCCGGCGCGGCGGCAAGGGGUCGUCCGCGUCGCUGUCGGGGAGCGCCAAGGCGAUGAUCGCGGCGGCGGACGAGGCCGCGGCCGGGACGAGGCGCGGGGAGAUGGAGGCCGAGGCGGAGGCGGCGUCCGAGUUUGAGCGCGAGAUCAUGGGCUCCCGGUUCCACGGCGGUGGCUUCUGGCGAAGCGUCUCCUCCGGCUCCAACUCCUGCGCCUCCUCCGUGCGCCGGUAGCGUCCAAGGCCAAACCCCAACGCCCAGGCUUCUUCUUCUUCUCCUUCUCCGCCGGUCUCUCGCAACAUCGUGCCAAACUGCCAAUUGCAUCGAUCAAGAGUGUUUGUUUUCUUGUGCUCUGGUGUAUGUGCAAGAUUUGUCCCCGUCAGGUGUUCGUUUUGGGUGUCAGUUUAGUUUAGCAUCUUGGUACAGCAACCGAUUGUGCACACGCCAACACGUGCUUGCGAGUUUGCUUUCAUGUAGUACGCCCUUUUUAGGAUCGAUUCGUGAACAGAGGAGGAUGAACUGUGGUCCUCAACUCCUGGCCGCGUAAAUUUUGUCUCUGUUUCUCAAAGUCAUGUCGAGCACCGUAUGCUGACACUUGUAGUUUGCUUACGUGGUGUGGUCAAACAAUAGUGUUAUAUAUAGUGGAAUGUGGAGCAUAAUGCCAUUCUUGUUUCAACUUUGAA